GCAGCAGCUGAAGAUUGCUAGCGGUUUGAGCUCCAGAGCUAAUACAGUACAAGGAUUCAUGACAGAGUGUUGCUAGCAAGACUAGUGGCAUCGCAAGACUCGAUUCAUUCGGUCCUGCAGUCUGCGAAGGACAUUCGACACGCCAGCGGACGUAAAGCGAAGCCCCAGUAGGAUACCUCGCUGACUGGAAAUUGGACCGAGACUUUUGCCCGCUCUUCUCCGAGCUCAAAGUCACUCAAUGCUGCGCUCCUCUCACCCAGCGCAGCACCGGGGCUCCGACUAGGCAGCUAGCUGUUCAUGUUCUUGUAGUUAUCUAGACUCAGGUUCAAAACAAGGACACCAGCGAUACGUGUUUGACAUUUGACCACCGAAUUAGGCACAGGGAGAAACCGAUCCAACGAAGAGUCGGGGACAGUCGGGGAAGCGAGGGGUGCCCGGAUAAAGUAGGGGGUCGCCUCCAGCAGCCUUGGCGGAUUUAUCCCUACCCUAGUUACAAACAUCAUGGAUUGGUUAAUGGGGAAGUCUAAGACGAAGCCCAAUGGGAAGAAGCCGCCAGCGGAAGAGAAGAAGCAGUAUCUGGAGGCGGAGUUCACGAAAGUACGGGUGGUCGACUUCGACCUGAAAGAGCUGGUGAUGCUGCCCAGGGAGAUAGACCUCAACGAAUGGCUAGCCAGCAACACUACGACCUUCUUCAAUCUUAUAAACCUGCAGUACAGCACCAUCUCCGAGUUCUGCACAGGGGACACCUGUCAAGCCAUGACCGCCUGUAACACAAUAUACUACUGGUAUGACGAGAGGGGGAAGAAGACAAAGUGCACUGCACCUCAGUACGUCGACUUCGUCAUGAGUCUGGUGCAGAAGCUGGUCACAGACGACGACAUCUUUCCUACGAAAUACGGCAAGGAGUUCCCCAACGCGUUUGAGUCUUUGGUAAAGAAGAUCUGCCGGUAUCUGUUCCACGUCCUGGCUCACCUCUUCUGGGCGCACUUUAAGGAGACAGUCGCUCUGGAUCUACAGGGCCACUUGAACACUCUGUACGCACAUUUCAUUGUUUUCAUAAGGGAAUUCAACCUGGUCGACCCCAAGGAGACCUGUAUCAUGGACGACCUGUCCGAAAUGCUCUGCGCUCCCGCGCCCCCAGCACCUGCCGCCCCUUCCUCCCCCACCUCGGCCCCUUCCCCCUCCUCACACAACCAUGUGACGGAGAGAUGAGCAGGGGUCGCCGCGAGAAGCAGCCCCGGGAAGGAGGUGGUAGAUGAUAAAGAUAGAGGAGAGAUGUGGAAACAGAAUGCCUGGCCCCUUCCUAGGCCUCUGGCUUCAGCAGCAGGACCUGGAGACCUUCCACUACCCUUAUAUUUCGCUAUGACGCCAGCCAGCCGGAAGGAUCC